UCCACUACACCGAUUCGUCGUGUUCGCAGCAUGGAACCAGCUGAGACAAUGGUGGGCUACAGGUCGGCCAUGGCGAGUACCGCGCUGUGCCUGCUCGUGGUGUCCUCGUCCGUGCUGGUAACGACGGCCGCCGCUGCCGGUGCCCGGCCGCCGGCGAUGUUCGUGUUCGGGGACUCGACGCUGGACGUCGGCAACAACAACUACUUGUCAGGGCCGGACGUGCCCCGGGCGAACAAGCCUUACUACGGCAUCGACUUCCCGGGCUCCGUUUCCACCGGACGCUUCAGCAACGGCUACAACAUCGCCGACUACCUCGCGAAGAGCUUGGGGUUCCCGUGGAGUCCUCCGCCUUAUCUGUCGCUGGCACCAAGCUCCGGCCGUCUUGUCCAGGCCGCUGUUGCUGGUGGUGUCAGCUAUGCCUCGGGAGGAGCUGGGAUCCUCGACUCCACUAACGCUGGCAACAACAUCCCGUUGUCGAAGCAGGUGCAGUACUUCAAGACCACCAAGUCCCAGAUGGUCGCCAAGCUGGGCUCCCGUGCGGCGAACCUCCUCCUCACCAAGUCCGUCUUCCUCUUCAGCGUCGGCAGCAACGACCUCUUCGUAUUCGCGGUUGCGGAGCAGAACAAGUCCGCCGCCGGACAACAACGCGACGCGGCCGCCCUCUACGCAAGCCUCAUCUCCGGCUACUCCGCUGCCGUCCGGGACCUCCACGCGCUGGGCGCCAGCAAGUUCGCCGUCAUCAACGUCGGCCUUCUGGGGUGCGUCCCGGCGGCGCGGCUGCACGACGCCAGCGGCGCGUGCUCCGGCGCGCUGAACCAGCUCGCGUCGGGCUUCGACGACGUCCUCGCCUCAAUGUUCAGUAGCCUCGCGUCCAGGCUGCCGGGCUUCGCCUACUCGCUCGCCGACUACUACGGCCUCUCGGAGGCGACCUUCGCCGACCCGCGGGCGGUCGGGUACACCGACAUCGCCGGCGCGUGCUGCGGCGGUGGGAGGCUCGGCGCGGAGGCGCCCUGCUUGCCCAACGCCACGGUGUGCGCUGACCGCGACCGGCACGCGUUCUGGGACGCCGUGCAUCCGAGCCAGCGGGGCGCGAUGCUGACCGCCCAGAACUUCUAUGACAGCCGCCCGGGGCGAUACACUGCGCCCUUCAACUUCAAGGAGCUGGCUCAGACCAGCUUAUGAUCUUCUACGGACUGAAUACUCCUGAAGAUUUCUUCUCCCGAGUCCUAUUUAAUUUGUUUUCCACCUUCAAGUGUAACAAGUGUACGAAAGUAUAUACACACUGUUAUAGCUCAAUGAAUUGAUUGUUGAGGAGAAUUGUUUGCUCAUCGAAAUGGUCAAUAAUAAUACAUUUUGUGCAAUUUUUGUA